GACAAAAUCGAGCGGGUACGGCCCCGCGGGAACUACAACAAACAUACUCACACCCACUAUCAUUAUUCUCUGAAUUCUGUUUUGUAUCACACGGUAUAUUAGGCUCAUGUCACACCAUCACAUAUUCUCUCUGCUGAGCUUCACAGUCCACCUUACCUCGCUCUCACAGCCGCCCCCUACUUGGCCACCGCGCCUCAAGCUUCAUCGCCUGGCCGCCAGUCGCGCUUCUGUAAGCCUAAGUGUCUCAUCGCCUUGAGUUUAGCAGCAGCAACUCUAUCUUUCUGCUUCAAUUUUUAAUGCUAAACAAAGACGUUUGCAGCUAAUGAGUUGCCUUUAAUGAUGUACUCAGAAGAAGCUUUUGUAUGGUAUUUUUUUCAUCGUAUGUAGUGCUUGGUGUGUCUUGUUACUCUCUUAAAGGAGCUGUGAUCUUGUUCUGUUGACUGGCUUGUUUCAUUCGCUGCAUACCAACUGUUCGACGGAAUUCCCAAACUAGAAGAGGCUCAUCGUUCUGCUUCUGAUUUGAAAUUUAUUCUUUUCGUUCCUCGUUGCUUCAAGGUCUCUGAUGAGGUUUAGAAACAUGUUUAUGACAAGAAGAGAAGCCUAAGAACGAUGCUAACGAAGUACUCACUAUGCUCAGCGCUGAAUACUUGUGCCAAGACCCUCAACCAGCGCUUGGGUCUCCAAAUUCAUGCCCUUAUUAUUGAAAUGGGAUAUGAAGAUAAUAUCUUUCUGAACAGUGCGCUUAUCGACUUGUAUGCUAAAUGUGAUGCUAUUUUGGAAGCAAGAAGGGUGUUUUGCAGUAUGAAACAACAUGAUCAAGUGUCGUGGACAUCGAUAAUUUCUGGGUUGUCAAAGAACGACCAUGAAAGAGAAGCCAUAUGGAAGUUUAAAGAGAUGCUUAGUACACAAAUUAAUCCCAAUAGUUUUACAUAUGUAGGUGUUAUAAGUGCAUGUUCAAAGUUAGAAGAGGGACUUCAACAAGGUUCUUUGCUCCAUGCACAUGUUAUCAAACUCGGUUUUAAUGAUAACAAUUGUGUGGCCAGCUCAUUGAUUGAUUGCUAUUCAAAGUGGGGGGAAGUGGAUCAAGCAAAGUUUGUAUUUGAUGAGAUAACAGAGAAAGAUGGUGUUCUACUCGGUUCCAUGAUUUCGGGUUAUGCACAGAAUUUAUAUGGUGACGAGGCUCUAAAGGUGUUCAUGGAAAUGAGGAAUAUGAAUUUGAGUCCAAAUGAUCAUACUUUAACUAGUGUUCUUAAUGCUUGUGGGAGCCUCACAGUUCUCCAAGAAGGAAAACAAGUGCACUCUUUGGUCACUAAAAUGGGUUCAGAAAGCAAUGUUUUUGUAGCCAGUGCUUUGAUUGAUAUGUAUUCAAAGUGCGGCAGCAUUGAUGAAGCUCGUGGCAUAUUUGAUCAAACACCUGAAAAAAAUACAGUAUUGUGGACUUCAUUGAUUAUGGGUUAUGCUCAAAGUGGUAGGGGGUCAGAAGCACUUGAGCUCUUUGAUCAUUUGGUGACUGAAGAAGGGCUCAAGCCAGACCAUAUUUGCUUUACUGCUAUUUUGACUGCCUGCAAUCAUGUAGGUUUUCUUGAAAGGGGAGUAGAUUACUUCAACAAGAUGAUCAAGGAUUAUGGGCUCGUGCCUGAACUUGACCAAUAUGCUUGCUUGGUGGACCUGUAUGCCAGAAAUGGGCACCUGAGGAAGGCAAAGGAGUUGAUGGAGGAAAUGCCUUGUAGUCCAAAUCAUGUAAUGUGGAGUUCCUUCUUAGGUUUUUGCAAGGUUUAUGGUGAAGUAGAAUUAGGGAGGGAGGCUGCGAAAGAGCUCAUUGAGAUGGAACCAUUUAAUGCUGCACCUAUUGUUACAUUGUCACAUUUAUAUGCAAGAGCUGGUUUAUGGACAGAAGUAGCUGAGGUUAGAAAACUAAUGCAAAAAAAGGACAUAAGGAAAAGUUCGGGAUGGAGUCGGUGGUUGAAGUAGACAUGAGUAAGUGAGCCACACCAUUUUUAUCCUAAGAUGUGCACUUCUCAGCCCAGAAUUAAAAUAAGGAAAGAUGUUCUGUGUAUGUAGAGACUGAAAAGCUUUGCAUGGACAUAAAAAAAAAAGUGAAAUUUAAUGUUAUAUAUGCAUGAUAACUUAGUAAAAUAUUUUAAUAUGUCAAUAUAAGUUACUAUCACAAAUAUAUAACAAUUUUAAUUUUUUAGACAAAAA